CUUGUUAUUUCCUAUUACAUUCACAAUUUCCUUGUAGACAUAUGUUCUUCUUUUCCCUCUCGUUUGAACUUUUUUUAGUUUUGGGGGGAAAGUGAAAUGAAGAGACGCAGCCCAUCGGACGAACAUGCGGAAUUUGGAAAUCCGUAUGUUUCCACUCUCUGAUUCUUCGGCUGGUAGGCUCUGGAUUUUAGUUUAGUUUCUUUAGAAGCAAUGUCCGGUAAUGAAAAUUCUGCCAUCACCGAUGAAGAAAGGGCUCGAAUUUCCCGCAAUUUCAGAGCUGCUAAAGCUCUACUUGCUCGCAAACGCCCUCGUCUUCUCCAUUCUCACCACCUCAUUUCCCAGUGUUCUUCUGAUAAACCUUCAGCUAACCUACUUCCUUGCAGAGUUGCGGAUUUUAGUGUAAAUGUGGCCCAAGGGUGUGAUAAUGGUGCAAAGAGGGCUGCAUUGGCAGAGAUUUCGGGAAACAUUCCGUCAUCGAAGUCAAUUGCAAUUGCAACUGACGCUAGCUCAAAUGGGUUGGGGUUAGAUUGUCUCAAAACUCCUGUAAAAAGUCCAGAAUAUUAUAGUACAAGCAGUUAUUUCUCAGCUCCAAGUAUUCUAGACGAUGAUUUUGAUGAGACCACUUUAGAGGAAAUUGAUGCUCUGUGCGAGCAGGAAUCAUCUGCGCGAGCAGAAAGGCAAGGUUCAUAUUCCAUCUUCCAUGCGGCAAAUCAUGAUGAUGUUAGUUAUAAUGGUGAUCUUAAUAUAGAUCUGGAGUCUGUAAUUGGUAGCGAAAGUAUAGAAACCAAAGACUUAACAUGUUCAUCAGAUACCUUGGAAUCAGGAGUAGAGUGGAUCAACUCUGACUCCGUGACUAGAAAGAUCGGAACCAUGCCGGAAGAGUAUUCAAAAUAUCUGUUGUCUCUUAAUGACAGACAACGAGAAGCAGCUUGUGGUGACAUUUCAAUCCCUUUAAUGAUUCUCGCUGGUCCAGGAAGUGGAAAGACUUCCACAAUGGUUGGUCGAGUUCUGAUGCUUCUUAAUGAGGGUAUAAAGCCGUCAAAUAUUUUGGCAAUGACUUUCACUACUGCAGCUGCUUCUGAAAUGAGAGAUCGUGUUGGUGCGGUGGCUGGGAAGAAAAUGGCAAAAGAACUUGUGAUUAGCACAUUUCAUUCAUUUUCAUUGCAACUUUGUCGUUUGCAUGCAGAAAAGUUGGAGCGCACUACAGAUUUUUCAAUAUAUGGACAUGGGCAACAAAGGAGGGCAAUCAUUGAGGCUGUGCGUCUAUUGGAAAAUGACAAAAGUAGACAAAAAGUGGACUCGAACAUACUUGGUAAUGCUUCUAAGGAUGUUACACCGUCAAAUUUUAAGGAUAAGUCGAAGAAAUGGCAAAAAUUUGUCCCUAAGGCUAAAGCAUGUGGAACGACUUCUGCAGAAUUACUUACAAAGGGUGAUGAGAUUGGAGCUGGAGUUCUUGACAACUAUAAUACUAUUUUGAAAUCUUGUAAUGCUCUGGACUACCACGACUUAAUAUGCUGUUCCUUGAAGCUGCUUACUGAUUUUCCUGAAGUAUACGAGGAGUGUCUGGAUACAUGGAAAGCCAUUAUUAUUGACGAGUUUCAAGAUACAAGUACCAUGCAAUACAAGCUUCUCCAGAUUCUGGCAUCCCAUAAGCGGAUAACUAUAGUUGGUGACGAUGAUCAGUCCAUAUUCAGUUUCAACGGAGCCGAUACCUCUGGAUUUGACUCUUUCCGUAAGGAUUUCCCAACCUAUAAAGAGAUUAGACUCAAUAAAAAUUAUCGAUCUACAGGCUGUAUUAUUGAGGCUGCAUAUUCUCUGAUACAAAAUAAUAAAAAAAGAUGCCCACUCAAAGAUGUUCAAACUGAUAAUUUAACUGGAUCUAAGAUUACAAUAAAAGAAUGCAAUAAUGAGGGUGCUCAAUGUGCAUUUAUUAUUGACAAGAUCAUGGAAAGCACUUCAAAUGGCUCAAGUUCCAAAGGCUUCGGGAGCUUUGCAGUUCUUUACCGGAGGCAGAUAUCAGGAAAAAUCUUUCAAACAGCUUUCCGUGAAAGAAAAAUACCAUUUAAUGUUCAUGGUGUGGCCUUUUACCGAAAAAAGGUAGUCAAAACCAUUAUUGCUCUGCUUAGAACAGCAUUUCCUGAUUGCGAUGAUGGUGCUUAUCGUCAAGCUUUUAAGGCUUUAAUUCCUUUUGAGAAAGAGGAAAAGAAGAGGAUAAUUAAUCACAUUGACAAAAUUUCAACAAUAAGAAAAUGUCCAUUGAUUACUGCUGCAAGGGACAUCUUCAGUUCAAAGAUUUCUGGUACCUUAAAGAGGAGUCAACUUAACCAAGGGCGUAAGGUGUUGUCAACAUUAGAGAUGAUAUCAAGACUUGUUCUAAGGGAGCAAUCAAUUUCAACAGUUAUAACCUCUGUGUCUAACAUGUUACCUGAGAAGUAUCUUCUUGAGCAACAGGCAGUUAUUAAUGUUGAUGGGGGAAAAUUGCUGAACGAAGACAAUGAUACCAGAUCUGUUCUUCAGUAUUUGUUGGACGAUGUCUCCAACUUUAUGUCAAGCCAUUUUACUGCGGGAGAAGGAAAGAGAGACAGUAUGGGAAGUGAUCCAGGUUGUCUUAAUGCUCUAAAAGCUUUUGUUGACCAUGUAUCUGAGAGGGAAAAAGCAAAUUUCUGCUCUCGUCGUGUUGACAAUGAAAACUCUGUCACUUUGACUACCAUUCAUCAGUCAAAAGGCUUGGAGUGGGAUAUUGUCUUCAUAAUUAAGGCCAAUGAAUCAGAGAUUCCUCUCUUGCAUGAAUCCAGUGGCAUUACAAGGGAAAACGGAAGCUCGAUUGAGGAAGAACGACGCUUACUAUAUGUUGCAAUGACACGUGCUCGAGAGAAACUUUUUAUAUCGUAUGUCUUGAUGGACUCUGAUUGGCAGAUACUUCAACCUUCAAGAUUUCUCAAAGAAAUUCCAGAUCAUGUUCGAGAGAUACAGGGUGAAGCUAGUAUUCAACACUUGCAAAAUAAACACCACGAUGUUUUAAAACAGAAUAUGCACUUGCCUCCUGAAAAAUCUAUAUCAGCUGAUUUGGAUGUGGGAUUAAAUGAUCCUGCUAACAUUCAAAUUGGCAUUAUAGAUUUCGAAGAACCAAUAGAGAUCACUCAUGGGAAUAGUUUCCUAAAAAGAUUUAAUGUGGAUAACAGAGCAAUUAUUUCCCACUUAUUUCAUCAAUGGGCCAAGAAAAAGGCAUUUCAAGAUCCUAAAAGGCUAAUUGAUAAGGUGGGCUUUGUAAUUGACGAACGGUUGAGAGUGAAGAAAUGCAAAUCCAAGGAAAUCUUGCGUACACUGAAGUCGUCAUUGACCAGUGAUGAAGCACUUCAGUAUGCUGAAUAUGUUUUGAGAUGGGAACAGAUUCCUGCUGAUAAACGUGCUCUCUUGAUGCAGGAAAAGCAGGAGCAUUUCCAGAAAUUAAGGAUUGAAAAUGCAAUGGGCUCCUCAGCACCUACAGCAAAACAGAUUUCGUAUUUGCGCAAUUUGGGAUGUACUAUUACUCCGACAUCGCGUCUCCAUGCGUCGUCCUUGAUCGAGCAGUAUAAGUCACUAUAACUAGCUAGAAAAAACGCCAAAAGGAAAUGAACCAUUGUCAUGUAUGUACCUGCCAAUUGGUAACAUUAAAGUUGUAUGGUGCAUUGUGUCAUAUUUAUUCUUCAUCUCAUUUUCAAGUUGAAACAGUUUUCUUGACAUCAUUUGUAAUUCCGUAGGUGUAGAAAUCAUUAUUUGUUAAAACCAACAUAUUUAGACCACAGGGGAGGUUCUAUUUUAUUUUUAUUUUUAUAAUCAUUAGUAUUAUAUAUUGAUGAAAAUAACGUCGAAGUUUAUUAGUUGGAUCAUGAAUGUAAUGUACAGUUUAUUAUUUAUUGAUUUGU